AUGAUAGGUAGAAAUAGCUUGUUUAUUGCAUCUAUUGUAGUCAGAAUCUUUCUUCUUGUAUAUGGAGAAUGGCAAGAUAGGACAAUGGACGUGAAAUAUACAGACUUGGAUUAUCAAGUAUAUUCAGAUAGUGCCAAAUAUGUGCUUGAUGGCAAAAGCCCGUAUCUAAGACAUACAUAUAGAUACACUCCUUUGUUGGCAUAUAUUCUUAUUCCUAAUUGAUAUAUCUCUUUCUGAGGAAAGCUUAUAUUUAUUGUAUGCGAUUUAUUAUGCGGGUAUUUUUUAAUUAAAUUGCUUGAGCUUGAAAAUGAAAGCCUUUUAUGAAGCUCAACCUUUUUGCUAAAUCCAAUAGCAUUUAAUAUGUCUAUAGCCCAACCCCUGUAUAGAUUUCUUUUGCGAAUAAAUGUAAUAGAUAGUUGAGCAACCAAAACGGACUCUCUUAAAGGGACGAGCUGGAUCUCUAUACCAGUAAGGGUUAAAAGUGGGAUGCCAAAGCAUGUUUGAUAAUUGCGAACAAAGUUGACAAACAAAGACACCAAUUUUUUAAAAUGGCAUUAAUACUAAAUUAAUUUUAAAUUUGAGAUAUUCUUUUAGAUUGGUAGUGGUUAAUAUCUUAUCUACUUUUUCGUAGAAUUUAGGUCAAGCAAGUAAAUUAGGUUAAAUUAAGUGGGCAUAAUUAUUAUAAAAGGGUGAACUUUUUUAGAAUAUAUUUCCAUAUUUAAUUCAUUUAAAAUAAUCUAGUACGAGGAGCUUUUAAAAGAAAGAAAUGAGCUGAAGGAAAUUGCAAAAGUUUGUAGGGCUAUUUGCAGCAGAAUUAUUAAAAAUUCAUAGGCUUCUGCAUUAUGCAAAAUAAUCAGUAAUUUUUAUGAUAACUCUAAAAUAUCGGAUUUCUGCAUAUAUAUAAUUUAGCUAGCUUUAAUUAAUGUUUAAAAUAAAUAUAAAUAUAAAAGUUGUUGUAUUAGUGUUUAUAUCUUUAUCCAAUUAAUUAUAGAAUAUAAAAUACGUAAAAAACUUAGGAUGAUACUUCCUUAUAAAAUUGAAAUUAUUGAGUCAAAAAAAUUGUUCAGCCGUUUUGAUGCACAAUUUAAAAAUUUAAGCCAUUUAUUUUUACUAAAGCCAUUUCAUAUAAGCCCUUUAAACUCAAUGAAUAAUCAUCCUCCGAAGCUAAAAAAGUUUAAAUAGCCAAGCUCUUUAAUUCGCUAUAAUAUUGGAAUUAUUGAAUCAAGAAAUUUUCAGCCGUUUUGAUGCGCAGUUCGUGGCAAGCUUUUAAAUUUUAAAAUAUAAGCCAUUUUUUACUUUCAUUAUAGUAAAUUUCAUAUUUGCCUUCAAGAACUCAUUAAUUAAUAAUCAUCCUCCGAAGCUAAAAACUUUAACGAAUCAAACUCAUUAAUUCAUAUAAAAUUUGGCCUUAUUGAAUCAAAAAUUGAUUAGCCGUUUUGAUGACGAGUUUUUUUUUUAUUUAAAUUAUAAGCCAUUUUUAUUUUCACUAUAGGCUAUUCCAUAUGAGCCUUUAAAAACACCAUGAUUAAGCAUCAUCCCUCGAGGCUAAACACUUCAAAUAGCAAAGCUUAUUACUUCAUUAUAGAAUUGGAAUCUAUGAAUCAAAAACUUGAUCAGCCUUUUUUGAUUAGCAGUUUGUGACAAGUUUUUUAUUUUUAAAAAUCAAGACGUAUUAUUUUCGCCUAAAGUAACUUCAUAUAAGCCUUUAUGAGCUCUAUGAGUAAGCAUCCUUCGAAGCUAAAAAAUUUAAAAAUUCUAACUUAUUACUUCAUAAUAAAAUUGACUGUUUUUGCAUCAGAAAAUUGAUCAGCCGCUUUGAUGCACAGUUAAUGACAAGUUUUUAAUUUCUAAUUAUCGCCAUUAUUAUUUUUGCUAUAGGUAAUUUCAUAAUCUCCUUUAAGAAUUCCAUGAUUAAGCAUCCUCCUGUGCUAAAAAAGUUUAGCAAGUUAAGCUCAUUACUUCCUAAUAAAAUUGGAAUAUUUGAAUCAGAAAAUUGAUGAGCCGUUUUGAUAAGUAGUUCGUAAAAGUUUUUUUGAUUUUAGAAUAUAAACCAUUUUUAUUAUAACUACAAUUACUACGCUAAAUAGUGAGUUGAAAAAAUGUAAAAAUCUAAGAGAGUGAAAUUGCAAGAGGUCUAGCAGAAUUUAAUGAUAGUGGUAUCUAUAACUUAUCGUUCUUCGCAUUUAUCAAAGUGCUCAACAAUCUCUGAUUGAAAUUUUAAAUUUCAGUUUCUUCAUGCAGCAGUCCAUAGUGGUACAUACAAAAAGUGCAUAUAGCUACUUGGAAAAAUGUAAAUCGAAGUGAGUAGGGAAUCUUGCAAAGACUGCUGAUAGUAGCAAUUUAUAUAAUUCGUUACACUAUUUAUUUCCCAAAGUGAUUAGCCAGAGCAGAUUUUAUUUUAAAAGAAAUGGUAGAGCUUUUAGAUGGUGUAGAGGCCUAAUAGUAAUCCAUGAUUUUAUUAUCAUAGGACUGAAACAUUUCAAGCAAUUUCGCUCACUUACUUUUUAUUUUUUUCUGAUUAAAUGAGAUAUUUUUUAUGAUCGCUAAUUAAUGAAAAUAUUUUUAGUCCUUAAUGUCAAUUACUAUGUGUUUAAAAAAUUUGAACUUUUUUCUUGCUUGGACUUAAAUUCUAUAGUAAGAUAUUUAUCAGCGCCUAUCUAAAAGGUUAUCAUAAAUUAAAAAUUAAUUUAUAUAUAAAGCCAUUUUAAAAAACUAGCGCGUUUAUUGCCAACUUUUUCACUAUUUUUUGACAUAUCACCUUUUAACCAUUCCUUGUUUAGAGAUCCAACUCGUCCCUUUGAUAGAGUCUGUUUUGGUCGUUCAGCUAUCUAUUUCAUUUUGUUUGAUAAAGAAAUCUACAUAAAGUAUGGGCAAUACAAGAGGAUCAUCAGAUUCUUUAACAAGUUUUUUACUACUAAGCACGAUUUAUUUUCUAAAAAAAAAUAAAAUUUGACAAGCUGGGAUCCUUUAUGGUCUUUCAGUUCAUUUUCGUAUCUAUCCAAUAAUUUAUUCAUUUAGCUUUUAUAUUUGGGUUGACAAGGAAAAGUCUUCAAUUUUUACAUAUAAAAGGUUAAAGUUUACUAUUAUAAGCGGAGGCUUAUUUCUAUGACUUAUUUUUGUGUUUUGAAUUAUUUAUGGCUGAGAGUUUUUAUACGAGACAUAUUUGUAUCAUUUUAUUAGAAAAGAUAGCCGUCACAAUUUUUCUCUGUAUUUUUAUAUCCUAUAUCUCACAUACGAUUACUCCCACUAAGGGACUGAACUAAAAUGGUGACGUCAAGAGCAUUUCCGAUCCAAAAGGUCGGUCAUCUCAAGAUAGGCUGUCAACCACCCUGACCAGCAUCUCUCACCUGAUGCGAUGCCACUUCCCUUACCUGACUCAGCUCCUGCGCGUGCUCCGCUUAAGAGUCACCUUACUCGGUGAGGCCUAGUGGAUAAAGCCUGAGCCUCUUGAAUGCACUUAGAGCAGUGCCCUAACCCUAUACUGUUGCUGUGCAAAGUUUUCUAGGUAAACAAAAUUAUGAGGGAGAGAAAUUAGCGGAGCAGCCUCAUGCCAUUUUAUUUAUGCUAUAUUUCACAUACAAUUUUUCAGCCAAAAUUUUUGGGUUAUUAGCCUUUAUCCCACAGUGAGCACUUAUAAUAUAUUUAAGCCUUUUUAUGACCAAGAAAAAUCUUUAUUCCACAAUAAUUGCAGAGACUUUUAUUUUUGUGAUAUUCAAUAAAGUUUGCACAGCUCAGUAUUUUAUAUGAUAUAUAACUUUGCUUCCAAUUGUAAUCCCGAAAAUAAAUUUAUCUUUUAAAAAAUGGAUUACUAUUCUUUUGUUUUGGAUAAUUUCAGAAGCUCAUUGGCUUUACUGAGGGUAUCAUUUAGAAUUUUUAGGUGAGAGUGUUUUUUUACAAAUUUGACGGUGCAAGGCACUUGAUCGAAAAAUUUUUCUCGUGCGGCAUUUUCUUGGGGUUUUUUGUUAAGCAUUCCCACUUUUACUUAUGCUAAAUUGUCUUAAAAAAAUUCUACAAAAAAUCUCCUAGGAAAUGCCACUCGAGGGAAAUGUUCCAAUCAAAUGGCAAGCCAAAUUUGGAUAGCAAGCUCAUUGUUUUUCAUUUCAAAUUUAUGAAUUUUAUGUGAAAUCAUUAAAGCUUCUCAAAUCGUUCCAAAUAAAAUAGCAGAGAAUUAA